CUUUACUAACGGGACAAGUUUAAACCUCCAGGAUAUCACUGUCGGCUCUGCGCUUUUCUCUCGUCUCCAUGUGAACAUUUCGACCUGGAGUGAGAGAGUUUACUGCUGCUGAAAGCAUGAUGAUGACGAUGGGAGGAGGUUACCACCGAAGGGGCAGCCCUCGCUAGAAUCAUACUUUCCCCCCUCCAACUUCACCCCUCCACGCAUCACCCACUACUGCCACCCCUGCCUCCGGCGCCAUGGCCAACCACCUGGAGCUGAUCCAAGAGCUGCAGCAGCUGGACAAGGUGCCAAGUCUGGAGAGGCUGCGGACAGCCCAGAAGCGCCGUACCCAGCAGCUGAAGAGAUGGGCCAUAUACGAGAAGGAGAUGCAAAACAAGAAGCGUAAGGCGGACAAGAAGGCACGCAACGGCAACAACUUCCAGCAAUCAGAAUCCAAGAGGCAUGUGUCAUUUGCCGCCAGCGUGGCACUUCUGGAGGCGUCAGCCAGGAAUGACCCAGAUGAAGUGCGCUACCUGCUGAGGAACAAUGUGGGUCCAGAUCUCUGCAAUGAAGAUGGUCUUACUGCCCUUCAUCAGUGUUGUAUAGAUAACUAUGAUGAGAUGGUGAAGAUCCUGUUGGACCGAGGAGCCAGCGUCAACGCUCAGGACAACGAGCUGUGGACACCGCUGCAUGCUGCUGCUACGUGUGGCCAUGCAGGGCUUGUCAAGAUACUCAUUGCCCACGGCGCAGAUCUGUUGGCGGUCAACUCUGAUGGCAACAUGCCGUACGACCUGUGUGAAGACGAUCCAACACUGGACAUCAUUGAGACGGCUAUGGCUAACAGAGGAAUCACCCAGGAGAUGAUCAACGAGACACGAGCGUCAACGGAGAGGAAUAUGCUGGGAGAUAUUCAGGAACUGCUGAGAGAGGGACAGGAGAUCAACCAGCAGGACUCUCAGGGAGCCACAUUGCUCCACAUCACAGCAGCAAAUGGCUACGUGCAGGCUGCAGAGCUGCUGCUGGAGGGGGGAGCUCGCAUGGACCUGAGAGAUUCAGAUGGAUGGCAGCCUCUUCAUGCUGCAGCGUGCUGGGGUCAGAUGCAUGUGGCAGAGCUGUUGGUUUCUCAUGGAGCCAGUCUCAAUGCCAAGACAUUCCUAGAGGAGACUCCCAUCGACCUGUGUGAGGAUGAGGAGUUCAGAGCCAUCCUGCUGGACCUGAAACACAAACAUGACACCAUCAUGAAGUCACAGCUCAAACACAAGACAUCACUGUGCAGGCGAACGUCCAGUGCAGGCAGUCGUGGAAAAGUGGUUAGGCGAGCCAGCCUCUCUGACAGACACAACUUGUGUCGUAAAGAAUAUGAGACGGAGGCCAUCGUGUGGAGGGGAGGGAGGGAGGAGGAUAACGAGAAAGAAAAGGAGUCUGAUCAGGAGAACAACCAGGUGGUUAAAGUCAAGCCAGUUGUAGCUGUGGAGCUGCCAGACAAGCCCAAGCUGCCCACUAUCCUCAAAGAUGGCAGCAACAAACAGAAUGGCCUCAUCUCCACAACGACGUCCACGCCGCCACAACCACCCUCCAAUGGCAACACGCCAUUGUCUGACAAGGGCGGCGUCAUCACCACCCAGCCCACCCAGGAUGAAGCCUUGCCGAGGGAGCGUGCUCAGACUCUGUCGGAGCUGAAGAAAAAGAGGGCCGCCGCCAAAUUGUUGAAUCACCCCUUGUUCAACGGUCACCUAGGUAACGGGUCCACAGACUCCUUCACUGAUGCCAAAACCAACUCAGAGGACCCCCGAAUGCCACUUGUGUCAUCCAACGGCAACGCGGUUUACUACACGCCAGCCAGCGGCGACCCGCCCCUCCUCAAACUGAAACAGCCAAUAGAGGAAGAGCUGCCAAAGGCGCGGAGCUGCUGCUGCGUGUCAUAGCGCCGUAGUCAUGUGACUGUUAAUGUAACGGGAAGUGUUUGCACAGAGAAGGAGGAAGCGAGGAACGUGCAGUAGGAGCGAGGAGAGGAAAGAAAGAAAAAGUUCCUCCCUGACUUUGAAGCUUCUUCCACAGAGGAUGGCUGGCCUAAAGACGGUCUAGAAAGUUUUACUUGGCUUCUGCUCAAAUUGGCAACGCUUUCUCUAAAUACAGGCAUGUUUUCAGUACAGCAAAGAAGAAGAAAGGAACUGAGCUGGGCUACUUUGAUCCUCCAGAGGUCACUCAGAUUAAAAUUCCUUUUCAUAUAUGGAGUCUCUCUACAAGGCAUAACAAAUGGCUAGAAACAAGAAGCUGUUUCUCUACACCUUUAAGAAUCAAAGUGUGGACAGGUUUUCUAAGCGUUUCACCUGGAAAGGGUCAGAAUUCUGAAUCUGGAAAGAAGAUAAGUUCUCAAGGUACUGCAUGUUCUGCCCUCAUAGACGGAUAUGAAAAAGAGCUUCUUUUUUUUUUACCCUACAAAUGGAUGAUUAUCAUUUUUUCUUCAGGACAAACUUGCAUUGUCAAAAUACAUUGUUCUGCUUUUUCAUCAUGUUCUUGUCAUUUUUAAAUGUGCAGGAAGGCCAUCGUAGAGCAGAGGAGAUGUAUUAUACUACAUCGUGUUGUAUUGAGACAGCAAAACGUAGCAAAUAGAGAUGUGUGAAAUCUCUUCUGAAGUAUGCUUCACGUUGAAAUGCUGUCUGCAUACGUAAAGGGAAGGAAUGCCAUAAAAAAGUGUUAAAAUAUUCAGGAAGUGUACUUCUAAGAUGAAAUAUAACAAGAAAGAGUAUAGUGCUGCACUGGUGUUUCACUCACUAUAUUCUGUCAGCUAUACUCCACCUCACCGUCCUUUCAUGCAAACUUAAAACUGACAGGUCACGCUCUGUUUUAUGCAUAAUCCACUUUGUGCUCACUCGUAUAGAUAAUUUAAGCAAAUGUUGUUGAAAAUUACUGUACAUUUCUUUAUUUAUGAAAUUAAUGUAAUGUGUAAAAAAAACAAAAAAAACCCAUUAUGGUUCCUAAAGAUGAGUGUAUUUAUUAUUUGGAUGGUGUGUGGAGAGUGUGAAUGCAAUAUAUAAGAUGAGCUGGGGAAUCCUCCAACACAGCACCUUCUGACAUGGAAAUUGAAACAUUCAAGUUGAUAAAGUGAAGCGAGGGUUACUCUCUGCUACAAGCCAUCCUAUUGGGAUGGAUUACAGAUUGGAUUGUGUCACUACAAAUAACAGUGUUAUUUGUUAUUGUUGGUUUUUCUCUGGUGGCCAUUGUGUGGCUUAAUUUUCUCCACGUCACUGUAUUUGUCUCAUUAAUAGAAAUUGUGAAUGUCAUGUAUUGAAUUACUGUAAGAAUAGUUUAGUUUCUGAGGAUACACGUAGACUCUGUGCUCACCUCUUUUAAAACAUGAAUCCACACAUGGAUCUGAUAUGUAUGCGAGCCCACAGGAUUAUGUCAGGUGUCCUUAAAACAUUGUGGGUUCGAUAUAUAAACUUGCCAGCCCUAAAAGAAAAAAAUACUAGGAGUUGGUGUCUUUUUUAAAAACAUAA